UUACGUACACUUGAAAACAACAUGGCGGAUUUCUAGUGUGUACGGAAACUUGUGGUCUUUCUUUACUAAAACGUAAACUGGAUAGCCAAAACUUUUUGUUUAACUAUCAAAUUAGGUUUUUAUCUCGCUAAAGACUGUUAGCAUUUGGGCGUUGUUAGGACGAAACGUGUGUGUUGCCUUACCUCCAGUUGGCUAACUGUCGUUAUCUUCUGUUAGUUCGGUUUCUGUUGUACAGUGAUAGCUAAUUGUUUGUCCUGAAACUUUGCUUCUCGAAAAUAUAAAAUCAGACGCGCAAAAUCAUGGAAGUUUUUGUAACCGAUUUUUCAAUGCGACUUUGCCAAGUCCACCUCUCAUUUGGUGCUUCAGUCGGGGAUUUAACACAUGUCCUCUCUCGCGAGCGGGGAAUCCCACAUACGGACUUCUAUGUGAAGAGCAACGGACGGCUGUUGGGGGAAGAUGAGGAACUCCAGACGGGAGGGUGGUAUCGGCUGGAGCCGCGGCUUUGUGGAGGGAAAGGAGGUUUUGGGUCCAUGCUCCGAGCUCUGGGUGCUCAGAUCGAGAAGACUACGAACCGCGAGGCGUGCAGGGAUCUGAGCGGAAGGCGUCUCAGAGACGUCAACCAUGAGAAAGAGAUGGCAGAGUGGCUGAAGAAGCAGGCCGAUCGCGAGGCGGAGAAGGAGCAGCGUCGUCUGGAGCGGCUGCAGCGAAAGCUGGCGGAACCAAAGCACUACUUCAACGACCCCGAGUAUGAUAAACAGUGCCAGGACAUUUCCGAGCGCAUGGAGGAGUCCAUCAAAAAAGGUCUGCAGGCCUCAUCGAGUGGAACAUCAAGAGUCUCUCGGAAAAGACCCUCCCCUCACGGGGCGGACCCUGGGAAGAGGCCACGUAUCUGGCAGAGUGGGCUGGAUGAUCUCUCCAGUUCUGAGGAUGACAGCGAGGGCAGCGAUGAGGGGACCUCCCCUUCCUCCUCCUCUUCCUCUUCCUCCUCCUCCAGCAGCUCCGCCUCCCAACCCCACAAGCCCACACAGAUCCCCAGCACCUCCAGCUCCUCCCGCUCCAGCUCUUCACAGAAGUCUCUAAAGGAAACAACAGUGACUGUGGCUCAGAUGGAGGCGGAGCCUGCGGCUCAGAGGGAGCAGAAGUCUGCCGUUCAGCGGGAGGAGCCUGUAGUAGAGAGGGAGGAGGAGCCUGUGGUUCAGAGGGAGGAGGAGCCUGUGAUUCAGAGGGAGGAGGAGCCUGUGGUUCAGAUGGAGGCGGAGCCUGCGGCUCAGAGGGAGGAGAAGUCUGCCGUUCAGCGGGAGGAGCCUGUAGUAGAGAGGGAGGAGGAGCCUGUGGUUCAGAGGGAGGAGGAGCCUGUGGUUCAGGUGGAGGAGGAGCCUUCAGCUCAGAAGGAGGCGGAGCCUGUGGCUCAGAGGGAGGAGGAGCCUGCAGCUCAGAGGGAGGCAGAGUCUGCUGUUCAGACAGAGGCUCCAGCUCCAGUUUUGAGCGAGACACAACAGAUCACCCCCAGACCUGAGGAACACUCACAGGCUGAGAGCACUGCCACACCACCUGCAGACGUUGGGCCGCUGGACCUCCAGACUGUAGAGGGCACUGCGGAGCUGGAGGCCCUGGGGAUGGAGAGGCUGAAGGCGGAGCUGAUGUGUUUGGGGAUGAAGUGUGGGGGUACCUUACAGGAGCGGGCAGCCCGGCUCUUCUCCGUCAGAGGCCUGGCCAAGGACCAGAUCCCCCCCGGCCUGCUCGCCAAGCCCAGCAAACCCAGGAAGAAAUAGAGCUGCUGGGAACCUUUCAACCCCCCCUCCCCCCCAGGAAGAAAUAGAGCUACUGGGAAACCUUCAGCCCCCCCCCCCCCCCCCCAGAUAUGCAGGGACCCCUUCUGUACCACACACCCCUUCUUUUUUGUAUCAUGUGGGACAUUGAUUAUUCUUGCACACUGGAAGGGAACUUGAGUAUUUUCACAAAGCCAAAGUUCAGUUUAACUUUGAAUAUACAGUAAAAUGUUAAUGUAAAUAUUUAACAAUUUGAAGAGUAUAAGCAUUCAAAACAAUUGCCUGUUUUAUUCUUUAUAUAUUUUCCAUGUUCUUUAAGUCGCUCCCACAAGAACAUUAAAAUUAGUUUCUUACGCAAUAAAUGUUUUGCUGUACAGACCUUUUCAUAUCUGAUGUCAUUGGUCAUGUGUCCAGUAUCUUUGCUUUUUUUUUUUUUUUUUUUUUUUUUUUUAAAUCAGUGACUUUUAUAAUGUAUUUUUUGGUGUCUGCGGUUUUUGUGGAUCAUUAAAUUCUGUGACUUUGUGAAAGCACGAAGGGAGAUGUGUUAUGAGAUGUGUCUCGAUGUGUAAUCAACUUUUGUUUAGAUUUGUUUCAGAUCGUUUCAGAUUGAAAGUAAAAUUGAGGAAAUAUUUUGUAUUUUUAGCCCGAGAAAAAGCUGUUUAGCUGAGUGGGUAUAUAGCAGAAAGAGAAAGCAUAUUAAGCAUAUUUUCCUAAAUUCUGCUGUGUGUUUGUUCGAUUGGAGUCACUUGCUUACGCAUUGCUAUCAUUCAGUCGCAGCAACACGGACUAUUCUGAUAUGGCGAUAAGUUAACAGAUUUUAUCUCGGACGUUCAUAUUCACAUACACAAUGCAAUGCAAUAAAAAUAAACUCU